AUGGAUAAGAUCGCGUACAACGGGCACCUCGAGACGCUCAAGGUGCUUCACGAGGCCGGAUCGACCGGGUGCUCGGCCAAGGCCAUGGACUACGCCGCGACCAACGGGUUUCUGGAUGUCGUGCGCUGGUUGCAUGCGUACCGACUCGAAGGCUGCUCGAUCGCGCCAUCUAUUACAGACACGUCGAGAUCGUUGCGUUUCUGCAAGCGCAGUACCCAGCGCUCCGUGUGA